AUGACCGCCGCUCGCAUCGUCACCACUCGCCCCCUCACCGUUCAUCUCGUCAGCGGUCGCUUGCCCGCCAGACGUUUGGGCGUCGGCCCCCAGCUCCGCGUUCGCCCCCUCCUGCAAAGCGCCAACGGCUCUACUCCCCUCGUCGCGGGGACCAUUUCCCUGGCCGCCAGCAUCAGCAGGGCCCAUCUCGCCCGCAGUCGCCUGUGCGCUCGAGCGCAAGUGGGCGUGCGCGUCGUGGGCGACGGGGAGGUGACAGUCGCGGCGGAAAAGCGCGUCCAGCGCCGUCCGCAAUGGAGCGCCGACUUCUGGAUAGGCUUGAUGACGUGGAGAAGGAGCUUCGUCGCUCGCGUGCGGGGUCGACGUCACCAUCAGCUCCUCGCGCUGCUCCCGUCGUCCCUCUCUCCGCGCUCCUGCCCCAUAAUCCCUUUGGAUCCCCCGGCGCGUUCAUUGCGGCUGCUGCCUGCGGGGAUGGGCUUCGUAGGUGCUGGUGGCGGGCCGCCGUGGGCUCAGUUUGCUCCGCCGCGUCCUCUUCCUGCUCGGCGUGAUCUCGCCAUGUCGUCUCACCGUGCCCGCGCGUCUGCGUUGCUUCCGCCGAUGAAGGAAGUUCCCACGGCGACCCUGGCCCGCCUGUGGUCGCUGGCGGCGUCCCUGCAGAGCCUUGAGCGGAUUCUCCAGGAGUCAUUUGACUCCAUGCCGCACAGAGUUUUAGUUCAGCCACUGAUAUUCAGUACACGCUUUUACAAGGUCGCGCCGGAUUGGUCUGGAAUAUCCGACAUCUCUCGUCGUCACCCUGCUCCGAGCGCACUCGUUUUCCUCCCUAUCACGCGGCGCGUGCCACGUCGUUUCAGCUCCACGCCGUCCCUACCCACCGCCCUCCCCUCUCGCGUUCUCGUCGCGCGCGCGUGA